AUGAGGCUGCGUCAGCUGACCGGGCAGGCAUUCCUCGAUGCCAUCAAGGAGACACCCAAUGACGGCCUUAUACUGUCCCGAUACAUAUUGCAUACAACAAGUCUGGUUGCGACGUCGAUGGAGGCGCUGGCCGAUAUCCUUGUACAUAGGAGCUCCGACCUUGAGAAGCCACCAUUUGCGAAAACGCUUAUGAAGAAAUACAUCGGGAACAGCCUGAUAACAACCGAGGACGAAGAGCACAGGCACUUGCGUAAGAUGACUACACCAGCCUUCCACUUCCGGAAUAUCAAAAAUCUGUAUCCUGUGUCUUGGGCAAAGUCGACAGAGUUCUGCCGCACACUAAAUAAGACUCUGGGUGAGCGGCCUGACCGAGUACUAGAUAUUUGGCAUUAUUCUACUCAAGUUACCAUGGACGUGAUAGGCCUGGCGGGCUUGGGUCACGACAUGGAUUCUUCGCAGCAUAGGGAUGAUAGACUGAUCAAUGUGUACAAAGAGAUUUUCGAACCGACGAAAGACAAGUUGCUGUUUUUCAUAUGCCAGAUUUCAUUGUCGCCUUGUGUGGUUGACAAGCUGUCACGGGGACUUAACAAGAACGAUUUUGUGGCUGAGAAAAAGGCCAAAUUAAAGCUCGAGAGCGCAGGCAGUCAGGGAAGCCUAGAUGUCGUGCCAUGUAUGAUUAGAAGUAAUGAAUUCCCGGACGAGAAUCUCGUGGACCACCUUAUGAAACUAGCGGCUGCUAACAGCCAUAGUCACGAAACAACAUCAUCCACUUUGACAUGGUCGUUUUGUUUCUUAUCCCGACACCCAGACAUACAAAGCCAUCUGAGAUCAGAGAUCCUUGAAUGCAUACAAGAUCCAAAGGUGCUCUUGAACUCGGCCUUUGACGUCGCCGGCCUCUCGAAAGCAUACACUACCUCAACGGCGUCCACGCGCGUCGCGAUCCGAGACACAGAAGUUGCGGGGCACCAUAUCCUGGUCGGAACAAUGAUUUAUCUUGUUCCGUGGGCGAUAAAUCACCACUCCACAAUGUGGGGCCCAGAUGCCAAGGAGUUUCUGCCUGAACGUAGGAUUGACAAGGAAACUGGAUGCCCGACCAUGAGGGGUGGAGCAGGGAACAACUAUAGUUUUCCGACGUUUUCGCACGGACCUAGAUGUUGUAUUGGCGAGAGGUCUGCGAGGGCUGGGCUGUGGGCACUCGUGGCGGCGUUGGUGGGUAGCUUUGCUAUGGAGUUGGUGGACCCGCUGGAAAAAAAGUCGUCGCAGGCGGAACGAUUACGAGUAAGCUGA